CAGGAAAAUGACUGCCUUUCCCAAGGAAGAAACAAAGGAGAAACCUGCAUUUCUUGCGUAGCUGGAAGGAAAAGCAAUACGAUCUUGCCACCCAGUAAAUUUUAAAGGAGCGUUUUUCAAAAUACCUCUUGACUGUGCAGAUCUUGUAACUCUGACACCAGCGUGCCUUUGGACUCGUGCAAAUAAAUCAUUAUUGAUUGGGCAAAGUGGACAUUGAUAGAGUGACUGUUGAAGGAUCAUGACAAAGCACUCGGAGAUCAUCAAUUUGUCAUUUUUGUUGGAACAUGAAAGGGAAACAAUAUUGGGAGUAUUGAAGAGAGAUGAGUACUUGAAAAGAGUUGAAGAUAAAAGAAUAAGGAAAUUGAAAAAUGAGCUCCUGGAAGUAAGAAGGAAAGGUGGAAGCCGCCACUCUGACCAGGACAACAGCAGGGUCUGUGUUCGCUGCCAGAAAAGCCUGGGCUUCAUCUUUGACAGGGGAGACCUGUGCCAGAGCUGCCAGCUCCGAGUGUGCAGCUCGUGCCGUGUGCUGGGAGCUGAUGGGCAGUGGAAGUGCUCGGUGUGUGCCAAGAUUGCAGAGCUACGGAUAGUGACAGGAGAAUGGUUUUUUGAAGAGAGAGCAAAGCGUUUCAAACAGUCAAAUCUUGGAACUGAUGUUGUCAGACAGUCAAUCCUUCACAAAUUCCCAGACACAGUUUCCAAUGCAGAUGAUGAAAGAACAUUCAAAGAUCAACCCCAAGAGAAUGAAGAAAAAAAGCCAGAUGUACCAGUCUGCUCCACAAAUGGGCACAAAUCUGUCUUUAGCAGACCCAGAAAGAUUGGGAGGGUUAUCAGGGCAGUUACCAAAGGAGAAAUUACAUAUGGAAAAGAUGAAGGUGAAAGGAACAGAGGCUCAGAGGCUGAAAGUCUGCGUGGUGGCAAAUCAGCUCCAUGCUCUGAGAGAGGCAGCACGCUUUCCCUGGGCAGCAGCGGUGCAGGGGCUGCUGCAGGACAUGCAAGGGGCAGAGGCAGUGCUCCCAAGGCUUCCCUGCCACGCUCUCCGGCGCUCAGCACACGCAGCAUGACCGCGGGCUGCAGCGGGGACACUGGCUUGGAAAACGGCAUGAUUAUCCCAGCAAGUGAAAGUGUACCUGAAGAUUUAGUAAAGAAGCAUUGCAGGAAACCAUCUGGAACACCUUCCAUUGCAGUUUCUAGGGUAUCUUUGUCAUCAGACCGUAGCCAAUCUGAGAUAGAUUUGAGUGAAUCUUUCUCUGAAGGAAAUGAGGAUACCCUGAGCAUAAGAAGCAAAUCUGUACCAAGUGCCUUAGAUCAGGAAUGGGGCUAUCUGGAUGAAACAGAAGAAGAUAUUGAUGACAUAGUGGCCUCUUGUUAUCCAAGAAAACAUGAACAUAUGACAAGUGGAUUAACAAACUCCCCAGAAGGCUCUGACAGAAAAUGGACAUAUUUAAAUGUUCCUGAAGCAGAUGGUGAUACUACGAGCAUUAACAGCAUGAUGAGUGUGUAUAGUGAAACUGGUGACUAUGGCAACGUGAAGGUCAGCGGUGAAAUCCUCCUCAAUAUCAACUACAUCUACAAAACAGGUGCCCUCAACAUCCUGGUGAAGAGCUGCAGGAACCUGGCCAUUGCAGAUGAGAGGAAGCAAAGGACUGACCCAUAUGUCAAAGCCUACCUUCUGCCUGAUAAAUCCCGCCAAAGUAAGCGCAAGACCAAAAUUAAAAGUAACAGCACCAACCCAGAAUUUAAUGAGACACUGAAGUAUGUCAUCAGUCACUCACAGCUGGAAACCAGAACCCUGCAGCUUUCUGUCUGGCACUAUGACAGGUUUGGACGCAACAGCUUCCUUGGGGAAGUGGAAAUUCCAUUUGAUUCCUGGAACUUUGAAAAUCAGGGUGAUGAGUGGUUUGUGCUCCAGCCCAAGGUGGAGGUUGUGACAGAUUUUGGGCUUCAAUACAAAGGAGAACUGACAGUGGUUUUACGUUAUAUUCCCCCAGACAGAAGCCUAAUGCUUCCUCUGGGGCAGUUUCAAGGGAAGAGAGGAUUCAAAAAAGGAAAAAAAGGAGAUUCUCAUCUGCCAUCUGGAGGCAUAUUAGAAGUCCUUAUCAAAGAAGCAAAGAAUUUAACAGCAGUGAAAUCAGGAGGCACAUCUGAUACUUUUGUGAAAGGAUAUCUGCUCCCAGAUGACAGCAAAGCUACAAAACACAAAACUCCCAUAGUCAAAAAGAGUGUGAACCCCCAGUGGAAUCACAUCUUUGCCUUCAGUGGCUUGAACUCAAGGGACAUACGGAAUGUCUGCCUGGAACUGACUGUGUGGGACAAGGAGUCACUCUCCAGUAAUAUUUUUUUGGGAGGUGUCCGUUUGAGCACUGGAAAUGGUGUAAGCAAUGGCAAGGAGGUUGACUGGAUGGACUCUCAAGGGGAAGAGCAGCACCUCUGGCAGAAGAUGAUUGACAGUCCAGGAGUUGCAGUGGAAGGGGUGUUAAUGCUGAGAUCCAGCAUGGGAAAACGCAGACUCUGA